AAGAGGAGUACAUUACAAAAGUUGAAAAACCCUACACGCCCUCGUCAUCGUCUCUUCGCUCUCUCUGCGCGCGCGCGCGGACCCUUCCUUCCUUCCCCUCCGAGCUGCUUCGAGCUUGAUCUGGGUACCUCCCCUCUGCUCCGUGCAUGUGAUUUGAAGCGGGGAUUCGCGGAAAUGGAGAUCACCCAGUUGUCUUUCGCGGCCGAUUGCCCCCCUCUCUCCGCCAUCGCGGCGGCGGGGCUCGCCGGCGUCCCUCUGCCCCUCGAUCCCUCCCUCCCUUCUGGGUCGCCUCCGUUUUUGCUCUGCUCUGAUGGGCAUAAGUUGCACGGGACACCUGAUCUUCUCCGACACAUUGCUAGCGUGUCCAAGACUCAAGGCUUAUAUGGGAGUAGCGUAUCUGAAUCCAGUGAGCAGGUUGAUAAGUGGCUGGAUUAUGCCCCUAUUCUUUCAUCUGGUUCUGAAUUCGAAAAUGCAUGCAAAUACUUGGAUGAGUAUCUGGAAAAGCGUACAUUUUUGGUGGGUCAUUCUCUGACUGUUGCAGAUAUAGCAAUCUGGUCUGGUCUUGCAGGAGUUGGGCUGCGUUGGGAAAGUUUGAGGAAGUCAAAGAAGUACCAAAAUCUAGUACGUUGGUUCAAUUCUAUAUAUUCUGAGUACAAUGAUGUCCUAGAUGCAAUUAUCGCAACGUAUGUUGGCAAGAAAGGUUCAGGGAAGGCAGCAACUGCAAAACAGGGUUCCAGUAACCAAUCGAGGAGUGUUAAUGGAGAUGUGUCUGACAAGGGGAAAGGAAUUAACAAGUCAUCAGCUGAAGUAGAUCUUCCUGAUGCUGAAUUUGGAAAGGUGUGCCUGCGAUUUGCACCGGAACCUAGCGGUUAUCUUCACAUAGGGCACUCCAAAGCAGCACUCAUGAAUCAGUAUUUCGCUCAACGGUACCAAGGCAAGGUGAUUGUGCGUUUUGAUGAUACAAAUCCUGCGAAAGAAAGCAAUGAGUUCGUGGACAACAUUUUGAAGGAUAUUGAGACUCUCGGUGUUAAGUAUGAUAGGGUGACCUAUACGUCAGACUAUUUCCCACAGUUGAUGGAAAUGGCUGAAAAGCUGAUCCGCGAGGGUAAAGCAUAUGUAGAUGAUACACCCAGGGAGGAAAUGCAGAAAAUGCGGAUGGAUGGCGUGGAAUCAAAAUGUAGGAGUAAUAGUGUAGAGGAGAACUUGAAACUGUGGAAAGAAAUGAUAGAGGCAUCUGAAAGGGGUCGGCAGUGUUGUCUUCGAGGCAAACUUGAUAUGCAGGACCCAAACAAAUCUCUUCGAGAUCCAGUGUAUUACCGUUGCCACCCAUUGCCCCACCAUCGCAUUGGGUCCAAGUACAAGCUGUACCCCACCUAUGAUUUUGCAUGUCCUUUUGUUGAUUCUAUAGAAGGAAUAACACACGCACUCCGAUCUAGUGAGUACCAUGAUCGGAAUGCACAGUAUUACCGCAUUCAAGAGGAUAUGGGCUUGAGGAAAGUCCUGAUUUAUGAAUUCAGCAGGUUAAAUAUGGUCUAUACACUUCUCAGCAAGCGUAAGCUUCUCUGGUUUGUCCAAAAUGGAAAAGUUGAUGGUUGGGACGAUCCUCGCUUUCCGACGGUCCAGGGGAUUGUUCGUAGAGGUCUUAAAAUUGAGGCACUGAUUCAAUUUAUUCUCGAGCAGGGUGCAUCAAAGAAUCUUAACCUUAUGGAAUGGGAUAAGCUUUGGAGCAUCAAUAAAAGGAUUAUCGAUCCUGUUUGCCCUAGACAUACUGCUGUUAUUGAAGAGCGGCGGCUGUUGUUGCACUUAAUUGAUGGUCCUGAGACGCCCUUUGUUCGCAUCAUCCCGAGGCACAAGAAAUAUGAAGGUGCUGGAGAAAAGGCUACUACUUACACAAAGAAGAUAUGGUUAGAACAUGUGGAUGCCGAGUGUAUCUCAGUGGAUGAGGAAAUAACCCUGAUGGACUGGGGAAAUGCUAUAGUCAAGGGAAUUGAAAAGGACAAGGAUGGGAACAUCACACAGUUAACAGGGGUUCUGCACCUUGAAGGAUCUGUUAAGACCACAAAGUUGAAGCUGACGUGGCUUCCCGAGACAAAUGAAUUGGUUAAUCUCUCAUUGGUUGAGUUUGACUAUCUAAUUACAAAGAAGAAGCUGGAAGAAGGGGAAGAUUUUCUUGAUGUCCUGAACCCAAGUACAAAGAAGGUAACGGCAGCACUCGGGGAUUCAAACAUGAGGAAUCUGAAGCACGGUGAGAUCAUACAGCUGGAGAGGAAGGGCUAUUUCAGAUGCGACGUUCCGUUCAUUAGACCCUCAAAGCCCAUGGUUUUGAUAGCCAUUCCAGAUGGCAGGCAACAAGCUGUGCUGAAGUAGGAUCGUCCACACAGAAGUUAAUUUUGGUUUGUGCCAUUCAUGGUCACUUACACCUGGAUUGUGAAGUCAGAAUUCUGUGACAGGAGAAACAAUGCAGGACUCUCUGAUCUUUAUGCAUUUUAGCUGACAAUGACUCUUUA